AUGACAGACACUGUGCAUCAUGGUAUUAAACUAUUUGACCCAAAUGAGGCAGACAAAGACGUUUGUGCAAGUUGGCACAACUGGAAAGAACAAAUUGAAUGGUAUUUAAGCGGAAUAAAGAUUACAAAAGAUAAGAAAGUUGGUCGAAUAAUGUCCUUGGGAGGCAUACAUGUCCAACAAGUUCUGAAAAAUAUGCUGAAGACUGGAAAGGAUUUUCAAUCAGGAUUGAAAGAAGAAAAAGUACAAACAGAUUCUGACAGUGAAAAAAAAUAUAAAUGCUACGAAGCUAAUGUUUAA